GGUAUUAGGUAUUGCCAUGGUGCGGUUUUAUAUACAGAAAGGAACACAUAGAGGCUUAUUCAGAAGCGUUCAAAAGACGCUUAAAUUUUUCCAGACAUUUGCUUUGCUUGAGGUAGUCCACUGUGCAGUUGGAAUAGUUCGCACAUCUGUGCUUGUGACUGGGGUCCAAGUGAGUUCAAGAAUCUUCAUGGUGUGGUUCAUUGCACAUAGUAUAAAACAGAUCCAGAAUGAGGAGAGCGUUAUUCUUUUUCUGGUCGUAUGGACUGUGACAGAGAUUACUCGAUACUCCUUCUACACAUUCAAUCUGCUCAACCAUUUGCCAUACUUCAUUAAAUGGGCCAGAUACAACUUUUUUAUCAUUUUGUAUCCUGCUGGAGUUGCAGGUGAACUGCUAACCAUAUAUGCUGCUUUACCCUAUGUGAAGAAAACAGGAAUGUUUUCACUGAGACUUCCCAACAAAUAUAAUGUCUCCUUUGACUACUAUUAUUUCCUUAUUAUUGUCAUGUUCUCCUAUGUGCCAUUAUUUCCACAACUCUACUUCCACAUGCUGCGGCAGAGAAGAAGGGUGCUUCAUGGAGAAGUGAUUGUGGAAAAGGACGAUUGAAUCAAGCCGUGUAGCUAUGGUGCUUUUAACGGAAAAAAAGAGGGUAAAACCACAAAACUUCCUGUGAUUUUUCUGAGUCCAAGUUUUAAAACAUGGAACAAGAAUAAACAACUGUGCAU